AUGAAUCGUUCAUCUAUUAAAACGGAAUUUAAUGAUGAUAAUAGUGAAUCAGAUCGUUUAUUUCCAUUAACAAAACGACAUUGUCAAUCACCUAAUUCUAGACAAUGUCUUUCAAGUCAAUCAUCAUGUGUUUUUGUUGAUUUAAAAUCUAAUCAUACGAAAGAAAAUAAAGAACUAUGUAGAUCAUGUGGAAAACAAGAAAGAUUAUUAAAAACAUUUAAUUGUCCAUCAUCACAUUAUUUUUGUUUAAAUUGUAUUUUUAAUUGGACACAACAACAUAUUCAAAAUAAAACACGACCAAUAUGUUUAGUAGUAGAUUGUGGGUAUUUCUUAAAAAUCGAAGAUCUUGGUGAUUUACCAAUUGCUUUAAAAGAUCAUCAAAUACUUCUUCAAUUAAUUGAAUUGAAAAUUGAGAAUAAAAUAAAUAAUCAACGUAGAAAAUGUGAUAAAUGUUAUUUAUAUAUUGAUCAACAUAAUUUUUAUGUACAUCAUAAUGAAUGUCUUGGACGUUCAUUAACAAUUCCAUGUGAAAUAUGUUAUUGUCCAGUUUUUAUUGAAGAUUAUGAACAACAUAUGUUAAUAUGUAAUAAUGAUGAUAAUUCAACAUUAUCCCAAUUUUUAUUUAAACAUGUACCAAAUCCAAAUAUUGAAGAAAAAAAUAUUAAAUUAUUUAUUCGUUCAUGGCAACGAAAACAUCGAGGAUCUAUAGAUAUUUAUGAGAUGAUAGAAGAAUUUAAUUCAACAAACACUUUAUCAACUGAAAUAUGUGAUGUAUGUAAAAAUACAGUUCGAUCAGAUGAAUUUUAUUUAAUUAAUUGUAAUAAUAAUCAUUCAUUAUGUUUAUCAUGUUAUAAACAACAUAUACAAAAUCAAAUGAACAAGAAUGAAAUCUUAUCAUGUUUUCAAUGUGAUUAUUAUUUACAAGAUAAAGAUCUGUUAGAAAUUCGUGUAUUUACUGAAGAACAAAGUCUUUCAUUUCAAAAUUAUCAAAAUAGAAAAAUUUUCGAAUCAUAUAAUAGCCUUUAUGGUACAGAUAUAUACUAUACAAAUCAAGUUAAUCUAGAACAACAAAAUGUAAUACAACCACCGCUACCAACAACAACAACAACAACAACAAAUACUGAUGAUGUACCUCGUCGUAAAUGUGAAUUAUGUUCAAAAUUACAUUCAUAUGUAGAUAUAUUCCUAUUAAAUUGUAAUUGUAAAAUAUGUUAUGAUUGUUUUGCUAACGAUGUUAAUCAUCAACGAUCAACAGCAAAUGAAUUACUCAUUUGUUCACUUUGUCGUGCUUCAAUAAAACAUAAUGAUUUAGGAAAUUUACGUUUAGCACCUGAAGAAAUUAAAAUAUUACAGUUAUAUCAACAAGGAAAAUUAUUUGAACUUGAACAUGCAGUUCAUUUUACUAAAGAAAAGACUAAUAAUCAGAUAAUAAAUAAUACUGAUAAUAAUAAUGAUGAUGAUGAUUUUGAUCUUGAUAUAUCACUUGUAAAUCAACAACAAUGUUUACCUAAAUAUUGGACAUUACCAAUGUUAACAAAUUUUACUCGUCAUACACUCGAUGCACAAUCAACAGAAUUCAAAUUUGUAUCUGAUAAAUUUGAUAAAAGUUGGGCAAAUUUUAGAAAACAACAUGCAAUUCCUCCUCCUCCUCCACCUUCGACAUCUGUACCGCCAUCAUCUGUGGUUGCACAAAUAAAUAAUCAUCAGCCAGGAACAAUACCACAGUUUACUCCUAUACCGCCGCCACAUUUCAUCAAUCGUAAUCAUGGACUUCCAACAAAUCAAGUUCCACCAUUAAUAGCACACAAUAACUAUAAUACUUUACCAGGCUUUCUACCCACUGUACCGCAUACUUUGGCUCCACCACCAUUACCAAUGCCUUCCGUUCCUACUUCUGUUUUUCCACAACAGAUGUAUCAAUAUCGAAUGCUAGCUCAGCCGACAAACGGUCCACCUCAAUUACCAGGUCAACGAGUCGUAGUACGAUCUCGUAGAACUAAAGCUCCUGAUCAGAUUAUUAAUACACCAACAAUAAUUCAAAUCGAACGAAUACAAAAUCAACGGUGGUUUAAACAAUAUUCAGCACAUGAUUGUGAAUUUCGACAAAAAUUAGGCAAACAAACUGAACAAUGGCUUUUUCAUGGUUGUGAUGAACGUUCAUCCAAAAAUAUUGAACUUGAGUGUUUUAAUCGUUCAUAUGCAGGGCAACAUGCUGUAGCUUUUGGACAAGGUUGUUACUUUGCUCGAGAUUCUGUAUACAGUCAUAGCUAUUCAUUACCUGAUCGUAAUGGUAUUCGACGAAUGUUUCUUGCUCGAGUUCUUGUUGGUAAUACAACUCAAGGAAAUUCAAGUAUGCGUGUCGCACCACCAGGUUUUGAUACUACCGGUGAUUGUCAAAGUAUAUUUGUAACAUAUCAUGAUUCUCAAGCAUAUGCUGAAUAUUUGAUAAGUUAUCGGUGA